CUUUGAAUAAAAAUCGAUUUCUUUUGAGAGAGAGAUUAUAAAAAUAAUGUCGAGUUUCCUGUUUGUGGAACCUACAUGGACUUCAACCUUUCUCAGACCAUAUAAAGAGAGGCAGAAGAGUUGUCUGUUUUCUAAAAACCUGUAUAAUACUAGUAAAUGGAUGAGGCAGUAUUCAAGUUCUUGUCGUUUUCGUGUUGUUGUUGGGCCUUGUAUGGUCUCUACAGAACCUCAGAGAGCAGAGACUCCCAAAACAAACGAACCAGGUUCUGGUAGGAUAAAACCAACUUCUGAUCCUUGGAAUCCUUCUUUCCGUAGUAUCCCAACCUAUCAAGAGUGCUUCCCAAACUCUACGAAGCAUUUCAAGCCUGUAAAGCAUGCAGAAACAGGAGAAACUCUGUGGAUUCCUUUUCGUAGAAUCCAUCUGUCAGGUGGAGAGCCACCUUUUGAUACUUAUGAUACUUCUGGACCUCAGAAUAUAAGUCCUUAUGAGGGUUUGCCAAAGUUGAGGAAGAGAUGGAUUGAAAGAAGGGAAGCUAGGAGUGACCCAGUAUUCACACAAAUGUAUUAUGCAAAGAAAGGUAUGAUUACAGAAGAAAUGCUUUAUGCUGCGACCAGAGAAGGGUUAGAUCCCGAAUGGGUUCGAGCCGAAGUUGCAAGAGGACGAGCGAUCAUUCCUUCCAAUCGGAAACAUUUGGAGUUGGAGCCUAUGGUCAUUGGGAGAAACUUUAAAGUUAAGAUCAAUGCGAAUAUUGGAAACAGUGCAGUUACUUCUUCUAUAGAAGAUGAAGUGGAGAAGCUUCAAUGGGCUACUUUAUGGGGAGCGGAUACUUUGAUGGACUUAUCCACAGGAAAACAUAUUCAUGAAACUCGAGAAUGGAUUAUCCGAAAUAGUCCUGUUCCUGUAGGUACAGUUCCUAUUUAUCAAGCUUUAGAGAAAGUGGGAGGUGUUGCCGAAGAGUUGUCUUGGGAAGUAUUUCGAGAUACUCUGAUUGAACAGGCAGAACAAGGUGUAGAUUAUUUCACUAUUCAUGCGGGUGUAUUGUUGAGAUAUGUUCCUCUGACUGCAAAUCGUUUGACGGGUAUUGUGUCUCGUGGUGGAUCGAUUCAUGCCAAAUGGUGUCUUGCACAUCACAAAGAAAACUUUGCAUAUGAACAUUGGGACGAAAUUUGUGAUAUUAUGGCUCAUUAUGAUAUUGCUUUUUCUAUAGGAGAUGGUCUUCGUCCUGGAAGUAUCAAAGAUGCCAAUGAUGAGGCACAAUUUGCUGAACUUUAUACACAAGGAGAACUUACAAGAAGAGCAUGGGAGCAUCAUGUUCAAGUAAUGAAUGAAGGACCUGGACAUGUACCUUUACAUAAGAUUCCAGAAAAUAUGCAAAAGCAGUUGGAUUGGUGUUCAGAAGCUCCUUUUUAUACUUUGGGUCCUUUAGCAACUGAUAUUGCUCCAGGCUAUGACCAUAUCACUUCUGCAAUAGGAGCUGCAAAUAUUGCCACUUUGGGAACAGCACUUUUGUGUUAUGUAACUCCCAAAGAACAUUUGGGUCUACCCAAUCGAGAAGAUGUCAAGGCUGGUGUGAUAGCUUACAAAAUUGCAGCUCAUGCUGCAGACUUGGCAAAAAGUCAUCCAUUGGCACAACAAUGGGAUGACGCACUUUCAAAGGCACGCUUUGAGUUUCGUUGGGAAGAUCAAUUCAACUUGUCUUUGGAUCCAGUUUCUGCAAGAUCAAUGCAUGAUGAGACACUUCCCUCUGAAGGUGCUAAAGUGGCACAUUUUUGCUCCCUGUGUGGGCCCAAAUUCUGUUCUAUGAGAAUUACAGAAGAUAUCCGUGCCUAUGCUAAGCAACACGGAUACAAUUCGGUGGAAGAGGCCCGAAAGAAAGGUAUGGAGGAGAAAAGCAAAGAAUUUCUUUCGACUAGGAAGACUGUGAGUGGCGAACAAGUAGGAGAGACUGGUGGAGAAGUGUAUGUACCUCUAGAAAGAACUAAUAAUCCUUGAGUGUAUCUAGAAUGGUCGAAAUAAAAUCGUUUCUUUUCUGACGUUA